AUGUUGUCGUUGGCUAAUCUUGCAUCGAAUAUUAUUGAUCGAGAAGCUUUUGCUGCAUGUACAAACGAUUUUUCUCGUAUAACAUGUCUUCUAUCAUGUUCUGAAUUUGUUUCACUUCUUAAAAAAUCCUCGGCAUUACUAGAUGAACAAACAACAUGUUUAAAAUGCGUUAAAACAUCGACCGAAUUUCGUGAAAAAGGUAACGAAGCUUAUGCAUCAAAUAAUAAUCAAAUUGCAUUAUCAUUGUACAACCAAGCCAUACGUUAUGCUCCAUCUUAUUCACGCGAACUUUCACUUGCUCUAGGAAAUCGAUCGGCAACAUUAUUUAAUCUUAAAUAUUAUCAUUUAGCAUCACAAGAUAUACAUCGUGCUCUUGAUCUUCUAUCAUCGAAUGAAGAAGAUGAUGUACGUCGACAACGUCUUGAACAACGUUUACAACAAUGUCUUAGAAGUAAAGCUGAAGAUGAACAAAUAAUCGACGAUGACAAUACUCAAUUAGAACAUGAACUUGAACAAUUGAAAUUAAAUCAAACAUUCAAUACUAAUUAUCCAAGUUUAACAUCGCAUGCUGAUAUUCAUAGUUCACCAGAUCGUGGCCGACAUGUUGUCUCAGCGAAUAAUUCAUCAAUAUUAAAACCUGGCACAAUUAUCUUAAUUGAAAAGCCAUAUGCUUCUGUUUUAUUACCGUCGGCAUGGUUAACUCAUUGUCAUAUGUGUUUACGUCGAAUUCAACUUAUCGUAUUUGCCUGUUCUCAAUGUACACGUGCCGUUUAUUGUUCAUUCGAUUGUCUUCAAAGUUCUAUACUUUGGCAUGCAUUUGAAUGUCGGCUUACAAUCGAUCGUCUUGAUAAAAUGCAAUUAUUAGCAUUACGUUUAAUAACUAAAACUGGAUGGCGAGAAUUAUUUAAAAAUAAAGUACAAUUUGAAAAUUAUCUCAAAGGAAAUAAAAUAGAAAAUGAAACGGACAAAACUUAUCAAUGGGACAAUUAUGAAAACAUAUUAAAAUUAGAAACAAAUUCACAUAAACGUUCAGUGGAUGAUUUAUUACAACGAUCUAUUCAAGCAUGUAGUAUUGGUAUUUCACUUAUCGGUAAUACGUCAUUUAGUCAUCAAGCAUAUGAAAAUUUAGACUAUCAAAUAUAUAUUUGUUCAUUACUCUUAUCUCAUCUACAAUCAUUACCAUGUAAUGCACAUGAGAUAUCAGAAUUUAUCUACCAUCGUUCAUCGCCACUAUCAUCAUCGUGCAAUGAAAUAGGUGCAGGUAUAUAUGCAACAUUGAGUUUAUUUAACCAUUCGUGUAAUCCAAAUGUAAUACGGAAUUUUAUUGGUGAUACUGUACUAGUUCGUCUUCUUAGUUCGAUAUCAUCGAAUAAUAUUGAAUUAGUAGAUAAUUAUGGUUGUUUAUCAGCAACAAUGGCUAAAGAAGAACGGCAAAAGAAACUUGAUGAACAAUAUCAUUUUCAAUGUCAAUGCCAACCAUGUAUUGAACAAUGGCCAAAUUAUGAUCGAUUAUCCGAGGGAACUGGUGAAAAAAAUAUAAUAUCAAAACCAUUCGAUGAAGCAUUCCAACGGUUAAUACAAGGAGAAAUACCUUCAGAAGAUGAGUUACAUACAUUCGAAGACUUCAUUGCUCAAUGCGACGAACAGAUGCCAGGAGAUAAGACAAUUAAAGGCAAAGUUUAUAAUAAUGCUCAAGAAGCAUAUAAGCAAUGUUUAAAUUUUUUCUAUCAUUCAAUUUUUAUCGAAGAUUAG